AUCCUGAUUCCUGACAGACGAGCAUCAGUCCAGCAGCUGCUCCAAGUCACAUACCUGUCUCUGCAGGGGGUUCCUUUGACAGAGACGCUAAACGCUCUGGGUGGAUCAACAACAGAAAACAACAAACAGAGGAUUUUACAGGAUUUUCACUUGGAGAAUGUGUGGCGAGGACGUGGACCUGGAAGAUGGUGGAUCAACUGAGGAGGAGAAAGAGGAGGAGUUCUGGAUUGGGGAUGGAGUGAAGAUGCUACCCCCUCCUGUGGCCCACAGUGACGGCAGUGCGUGGGGCAGCCGGAGGGGCAGGUGUGGCUGUGUGGUCUGUGGGGUGGCUCUAAUGCUCUGGAACCUGUGCAUGAUCUCGGCCAGCGCUCUGCUCCUGGCUGCUGUCUUCUGCGUGGUGCUGCUGCCCGCUGUGCUGCUGCUUUAUGUUGGGUUUCUCUGCCACUCUAGGGUCCUUGAUGCCCCUUCUGCCAUCUGCCGUUACCUUGACGACAACAGCUGCUCCGCCCUCAUCAUUCUGGGCUUUGUGAUCAUGUCGCCGCUCGUGGUGGUGGCGGCCGCAGUCUUCUGUGGGCUGAUGCGAAAGUUUCGGAUCCUGCUUUUCAUACAACCGAUCAGUCGUGCCCGGUACCGAGGGAAGCUGCUGGACUGGGUGGGCAGCAUCCGGGCCUGGGUCUGACUGACACAACAGUGAUGGUUCAUAUGACAGAUGAAAAAGUAAGGAUGUGUCUGUAAAAAAAAAAAAAAACACACAGGGAUGCAGAGGAGGACAUAAUAAAACAAUUUCUCUUCAUUGUAAUCAAUACAGGAGUGGUGAUAAAUUCUGCUUUAGUUAUGGUUUUCAUGUCUUAUUUUCCAAUUAGACAAAUCAUGAUGUGUUUAAGCUGAUGACACAUACUAUUGUAAUUUCUUGUGUCUUUAUUGGAGAAAUCCAUUUAAUAUUUACAUUGCUGGCGGCUAAAGUAAGUGAGCCUAUAGACUUCUGCUGUUUUUUGCCAAGACACACAAAAAGUAGAUCUCUGAAGAUCAAUCAGUUAAGCGUAGAUGAUCAGUAUAAGACUGGGAAAGGUUACAAAGUCGCUCAAAGUGUUUUAGGCAUCUAUCAGUCCACAGUUAGAUAGCAUGUAUAUAAAUAAAGACAGUUUGGUGCUGUGACUAUUCAUUUCAGCCGAGAUGACUCCAAAAGGCACAACGCAGAAUCAUAAAUAACAACAAAAGGCUUUUCAUGACACCAGUGGAGGUGGAAAACAUCUCUGUUUAUGAUUCUACCUUUAUAAAGUCACUGAAUAGGCAGAGGCACCACGACAAAACACCCUGUUUUAAAAUGUUCUGUGGACUGAUGAAACAGUUAGAUUGUUCAGGAACAAACUUCUAUAUAUGGAGCAAAACAGAGGACAGCUUACCAACACCUAAACAUGAUUCCAGUGGUAAAGUAUGGUGGACAGAGCACUUUAAUCUGAGCUUGCUUUGCUGCUUCGGUGCCUGGACCACAUACAAAUAUUGAGGGGAAAACAAAUUCAUAAGUUUACCAAAAAAACAAAACAACCCCACAAUAAUGCAGGUAUGACUGCCUGCCGGUUGCAGCUUAGUAGAAGUUGGGUGAUGCAGCUGGAUGACUCUGAGCAGUAAAGAAAAUCCACUAUGAAUGGCUUCAGAAAAUGAAAAUCAACAUUUUGGAGUGAGUCCAGACCUUAACCUGAUAGAGAUGCUGUAGAAUAAGAGCUGUUCACACCACAUGCCCUACAAGUGUGUUUGAUCUGAAGCAGUUCUGCAAAGAGCAACGGUCAGAGAUUUCUCCUGAGCGCUGAGCAGCUCGGAUCCAGAGCUGCUUAAAGUGCUUGUUUGAAGUCAGCGCUGGCAAAGGAGGUUUAAACAGCGAUUAACUCCGAGGAUUCACACAGUGUGGCUGGGUGUGUUCAAUAAAGAUCUGAAAAAUCAUAACUGUGUCAUCAGUUUAAGCAUAUUGUGUUUAUUAGUGUGAAAGUUCAAAUGAUUCACGUACUCUUAUAACUUGAAGACAACAAUACUAUCCAAAACUGUACAUUGAUAAAACAUGACAAAAAGAAAAACUGAAGCAAGUUCAUACUUGUGCAGAUGGAUAUUAAUUUUGUAUUUUUCCUUUGCCUACCCUGCACAAGUAUCCUGUCUGUGUUACAAUUUCCUUUUCAAAUCAAAUCAAAUCAA